AUGGCGACUAUGGCGCAUUUCAAGACGCUUCUGCUGCUCUUGGUCACCACCUUGGUGACCUUGGCCUCUGCAGAUGUUGAGUGCUUCAAUGUCGAGACCGUCUUCUUGCAGAAUCCCUCUACUGGUGAGCGCUACCAAGUUGGCGAGAUCGAUGCUAUUCCGCAGCCUCUGGUCGGUCGUGCUGUUCAGCGCCAGGAACUGAUUACUGUUACGGUUACCCACACUACUUGCGGUUCGCACACUACUGGUGAGGCUACUACAACUGUCACCACGGAUGUGCCUUGCACCACUGACUCGGGUACGGUUUCGAUCCCGGUAGUUCCCACUACUUCGAUUCCGGUUCCAGUAACUACUCCGGCGCCUGUUACUUCAGAGACCCCGGCGCCUGUGACCACUCCGACUUCUGUGCCUAGCACCUCCGUGGUUUCUACCACCCCUGAGGUGUCCACCACACCUGAAGUCUCUACUACUCCGGGCUCUGCUCAGACUUCUGUGUCCAGCACCAUCGUGGUGUCUUCUACUGUCCCGGUCACUACUCAGACUUCGGUCCCCGUCGUUCCUCCCAGUUCCAUCUCCGGAACCACCGAGAUUACCACUCAGUCUUCCACAGUUAAGACCACGACUUCCGUGCCUGUGACUACAACCGUGACUUCGUCGUCAGUUGUGCCCGGUGCCCCCCAGACAUCCGGUACUGAAGUUGCUACUGGAAGCCACUCCUCGGGUACUGAAUCCUCUACGGUUACUGCCACCGUCACUGAGUCUGGCUCUUCUAGUUCUAGUGCUACCAGCGUGGCUCCUGUUCCGGAAACCAGUACCCCUGCUAUUCCUGGCACUCUUACCAAGGUGACUACCGAGACAAUUUCCGAGCCUUGUGAUGUUUCUUCCACCCCUGAGGUUCCCGCCACCGAAAUUACUACCUCUUCUGGCACCCCUAAGACGGUUCCUGUCCCUGGCACAACUGGAGUUGCCUACACCAACUCGACUGUUCCUCGGGUUCCUGGCCCUACUGGUUAUGUCACUUCCCCUGGUAUCACUGGAACUGGGCUGCCUCCUCACCCGGUGGUCACUCUGGUCACUGUCACCAUUGACAUCCCUUGCACCGAGACUACCAAAUGCAUCAGCACCCAUGUUUACACUACUGUGCCGACGCAGACUACCACAAUCCCGGUCGUUCCCAUCACGGCUACAACCCCUGCUCCUGAGGUCACCACUGUUGUCCAGCCGACCACUGGGGUUAUGACUACUGUCAUUCAGCCCACCGUUCCUGGUGCUCCUCCGACUACUGAGGUUGUGACCACCGUUAUCCAGCCGACCACUCAGGUUGUCACCACUGUGAUCCAACCCACUGUUCCUGGCGCUCCUGCGACUACUGAGGUUGUGACCACUGUUAUCCAACCGACUGUGCCUGUUCCCGUUGUGCAGCCGACCACCCAGAUUGUCACCACUGUGAUCCGGCCCACCGUUCCUGGCGCUCCUGCGACUACUGAGGUUGUGACCACCGUCAUUCAGCCGACUGCUCCUGUUCCCGUUGUGCAGCCGACCACUCGGGUUGUGACUACUGUGAUUCAGCCCACCGUUCCCGGUGCUCCGCCGACUACUGAGGUUGUGACCACCAUCAUCCAGCCGACCACUCAGGUUGUGGCCACUGUGACUGAUUUGGUUCCGCUUCCUCACGCUACCACGGUCGAGGCUACAACCUUGGUCAAGGUUCCUGCCCCUCCUGCUCAGCAGACAACCGGCAAGGAGAUCACUGAGACUCAGCCAGUCGUUGUGGCCCCGACUACCUUGGCUACGACCACUGUUUCCAAGCCCCAGGGGGCUGAGACUGAGACCAAGGCUCCGGGUAAUCCUCCUCACACCCAGGAGAGUGUUACUACGCCUGCGCCUCAUGGUACUUCCACUGGCACUAUCCCGCCUAGCCCUAUUUUCAACGGUGCCAUUGUCGGAAUCGUGGAUGGCCGCGUGCUCACCAUGAGUGUCCUGGUUAUGGUCUUUCAGGUCAUGCUUUCCAUGAUCUAA